UUCUCCAGCAAGAUCUGCGCUAUUCCGCAAUGGCUCGAUUUGAAGACGAACUGUCCAGCCGCUAUGGAGGCGGCUGUCCCGCAGCCCCUGCCAGGGGAGGCAGCCGGCAGCCGGGGCCUCCGGGUGGCCAGAGGAUGUACAAGCAGACGAUGGCCCAGAGAGCCAGGACCAUGGCCAUUUACAACCCAAUUCCAGUCAAACAGAACUGCCUCACCGUCAACCGCUCUUUGUUCAUCUUCAGCGAGGAUAAUGUCAUACGGAAAUAUGCCAAAAAGAUCACCGAAUGGCCUCCAUUUGAGUACAUGAUCUUGGCCACUAUUAUAGCAAACUGCAUUGUGCUGGCCUUGGAACAACACCUACCGGCCUCAGACAAAACCCCAAUGUCAGAGCGUUUGGAUGACACAGAGCCCUAUUUUAUUGGAAUAUUUUGCUUUGAGGCUGGCAUCAAGAUCAUUGCCCUGGGCUUUGCCUUCCACAAAGGCUCCUACCUGCGUAAUGGCUGGAAUGUAAUGGACUUUGUGGUGGUCCUAACAGGGAUCCUGGCCACUGUGGGGGCUGACUUUGAUCUGAGAACACUGAGGGCGGUGAGAGUGCUGCGACCACUCAAACUUGUCUCUGGGAUUCCAAGUCUUCAGGUGGUUUUAAAGUCCAUCAUGAAAGCUAUGGUACCACUGUUGCAGAUUGGCCUGCUGCUCUUCUUCGCCAUCCUCAUGUUUGCCAUCAUCGGCCUUGACUUCUACAUGGGGAAAUUUCAUCGCACGUGUUUCCGGAUUAACACAAGUGAGCAGACGGCAGAUUUCCCCUGUGGCUAUGAAGCUCCAGCAAGGACCUGUGCCAACGGCACUGUCUGUAGGGAGUACUGGAUCGGACCCAACUUUGGCAUUACCAAUUUUGACAACAUCCUCUUCGCUGUUCUCACCGUUUUCCAGUGUAUUACAAUGGAGGGAUGGGUUGAUAUCCUCUACAAUGCCAAUGAUGCCUCAGGGAACAUGUGGAACUGGCUGUACUUCAUCCCUCUCAUCAUCAUCGGCUCUUUCUUCAUGCUCAACCUGGUGCUAGGUGUGCUGUCAGGGGAAUUUGCGAAGGAGAGAGAGCGUGUGGAGAAGAGGCAAGAAUUCUUGAAGCUUCGCCGACAACAGCAAAUAGAGAGAGAGUUAACUGGGUACCUGGAGUGGAUCUGCAAAGCAGAAGAAGUGAUGCUGGCAGAGGAAGACAAGAACGCAGAAGAGAAAUCUUUGGAUGGAGCAUGGUACAAACGAAAACACAACAACUCUGUGCUAAAACGGACCAGGAAGAGUAAGAAUGAUCUCAUCAAUGCAGAGGAAGGGGACGACCAUUUUACUGACAUCUCAUCUGUUGGGUCGCCAUAUGCUCGGGCAAGUGUGAAGAGCAAGAAUGAGAGUUCAUCUUACCUCAGGAGGAAAGAGAAGAGGAUUCGCUUCACCAUCCGGCGCCUGGUUAAAUCCCAGAGCUUCUACUGGACAGUGUUAUGUCUAGUUGGCCUAAAUACAUUGUGUGUAGCUAUAGUACACUAUGACCAGCCUGAGUGGCUUACCUAUGCACUAUACCUUGCGGAGUUUGUAUUCUUGGGCCUGUUCCUGGUGGAGAUGUCUAUGAAAAUGUAUGGUCUUGGACCCCAGAACUACUUUCACUCCUCUUUUAACUGUUUUGACUUCGGGGUGAUCAUUGGCAGUAUUUUUGAGGUGGUCUGGGCAGCCAUGAAGCCUGGGGCUUCAUUUGGAAUCAGUGUCCUGCGAGCACUGAGACUGCUCCGGAUCUUCAAAGUCACCAAGUACUGGAACUCAUUGAGGAACCUUGUGGUAUCCCUACUCAACUCCAUGAAGUCCAUUAUCAGCCUGCUGUUUUUGCUCUUCCUCUUCAUCGUGGUCUUUGCUCUGCUGGGUAUGCAGCUCUUUGGUGGCCAGUUUAAUUUUGAAGACGAAACACCGACAACCAAUUUUGACACAUUCCCAGCAGCCAUUCUCACCGUCUUCCAGAUCCUAACUGGAGAGGACUGGAACGCAGUCAUGUACCAUGGGAUUGAAUCCCAGGGGGGUGUGCAUGGGGGAAUGUUCUCCUCCAUUUAUUUCAUCGUACUUACUCUCUUUGGAAAUUACACCCUCCUCAACGUGUUCUUGGCCAUUGCUGUUGAUAAUCUUGCCAAUGCCCAGGAGCUCACUAAGGAUGAAGAGGAGCAAGAGGAGGCUAUCAAUAAGAAACUUGCCCUCCAGAAGGCCAAGGAGGUAAAGGAAGUCAGCCCCAUGUCAGCCGCUAACAUUUCCAUCACAGCUAAGGAGCAGCAGAGGUCAGUGAAGACAAUGUCAGUGUGGGAACAAAGGACCAGCCAACUGAGAAAACAGAACCGUGCAAGCUGUGAGGCACUGUACAGUGAGCUAACUUCAGAGGAGCGACUGCACAUAUCGUCAGCCCUACACAUGCAGCCAGACAUGAAGACUCACCUUGACCGGCCGUUGGUUGUUGAGCCCCACAGCGGCAGCAACCAGCACCACCACAAGAAGACUUGCUUGCCAGAGGAGGCUGACACAGCCACGGACCCACCUCCCUCUGUACCUCAAAAGCCCCGCCAUCACCACUACCACCGAGACAGAGAACGAAAACAGGAAACCAAUGAUAAUGGUGAUAGCACUAAAGAUGGGAGGCAUCACGUCCAUCACAACCGCUCCAAAGACCACGACAGCUGCCGGGACAAACGGGGGAAAAGUGAGAGGUCCCACAGCCGGGAGGGAGGCAGGAAGCACCGCCAUCAGUGUUCAGUGGAUGACAGUGGAGGUUGGGGGAACGUAGGCGAGAGAGAUCACCACCAUCAUCAUUCACACCGGCAGUCCCGAGGUGGCAACGGGACAGUGACUAGUGGAGGGAGGGGAGAGCGAAGAUCUCGCCACAAAGAUGGAAAUUUGUCUAACAGGAAUGGGGAUAGGGAUUCCAGAGGCGACAAUGGUGCCAGUGGAGAGCGAAGAAGGCAUCGCAUUCACGGAUCCAGGGGACACUCCACAGAGUCUAACGACAGAGAGAAGACCCACAGUCACAGGUUUGGGGAUUCAGAGGGUGAGUCCUUGGCUAUCACCCCCCAGCAAGGCUCUGGGGGGACUAGCUGGCCUCCUGACCAUAUAGAAGACUCAGAUAACCAGAGGAAUGUCAGACGAACUGGGCAAACCUCCAUCCAGAUUCCUCCUGUGACUAUCACCUCCCCACCUGGAGAGACCACCCUAAUACAAAUGAACAGUAUUGAUUGUGAAACAGUGCCCAUAAAUGAGAAGACCCUGGAGGAUCUAGGCCCAUGUGGGCCCAAACCCAUCCUGCCUUACAGUUCAAUGUUCAUCUUUGGACAGACCAAUCCGGUGAGGCGGUUGUGUCACUAUAUUGUGACUCUACGUUAUUUUGAGAUGUCCAUCCUGGUUGUCAUUGCUAUGAGCAGUAUUGCUCUGGCAGCAGAGGACCCUGUCUGGACUAAUGCACCCCGCAACAAUGUGCUCAAAUAUUUGGACUAUGCCUUCACUGGUGUUUUCACUUUUGAAAUGGUGAUCAAGAUGGUGGACCUGGGGCUAUUGCUUCAUCCUGGAUCCUACUUCAGAGACCUGUGGAACAUCCUGGACUUCAUAGUGGUCAGUGGGGCACUGGUAGCAUUUGCUUUUUCGGGAACCAAAGGCAAGGACAUCAGCACUAUCAAGUCAUUGAGGGUUCUUCGAGUUCUCAGGCCUCUGAAGACCAUCAAGCGCCUGCCAAAACUCAAGGCGGUGUUUGACUGUGUGGUUAACUCUCUGAAGAAUGUGCUGAACAUCCUCAUUGUUUACAUCCUCUUCAUGUUUAUCUUUGCCGUCAUCGCAGUUCAGCUCUUCAAGGGGAAAUUCUUUUAUUGCACUGAUGAGUCCAAAGGCCUGGAGAAAGACUGCAAAGGACAAUUCCUAGAUUAUGACAAAGACGAGGUGGCCGCCAUGCCCAGAGAGUGGAAAAAGUACGAGUUCCAUUAUGACAAUGUGCUGUGGGCUUUUUUGACCCUCUUCACUGUCUCGACCGGGGAGGGCUGGCCAACUGUUCUGAAGCACUCGGUGGAUGCCACCUUUGAAGACCAGGGUCCCAGUCCAGGCUAUCGGAUAGAAAUGUCAAUCUUCUACGUGGUCUACUUUGUCGUUUUCCCAUUCUUCUUUGUCAACAUCUUUGUUGCUCUGAUCAUCAUCACCUUCCAGGAACAAGGAGACAAGGCCUUGUCUGAGUGCAGCUUGGAAAAAAAUGAGAGGGCAUGUAUUGACUUUGCCAUAAACGCCAAACCGCUAACACGUUACAUGCCUGAGAACACACAGUCCUUCCAGUACAGGAUGUGGAAGUUUGUGGUGUCAGCUCCGUUUGAGUACUCCAUCAUGAUCAUGAUUGCUCUCAACACCGUGGUACUCAUGAUGAAGUUCUAUGGAGCUCCAGAGUUCUAUGAAGCAAUGCUGAAGAACCUCAACAUAGUGUUCACCACUCUCUUCUCUCUCGAAUGUAUUCUCAAGAUAAUUGCUUUUGGGCCACUGAACUACCUAAAGGAUGCUUGGAACGUGUUUGACUUUGUGACAGUGCUGGGAAGCAUUACUGACAUCCUAGUGACUGAAAUCAAUACUACGGACAGGCUGCUGAACCUGAGCUUUCUGAGGCUCUUUAGAGCUGCUCGACUCAUCAAGCUGCUGAGGCAGGGAUACACCAUCCGCAUUUUGCUGUGGACCUUUGUUCAGUCUUUUAAGGCCCUGCCUUAUGUUUGUUUACUGAUUGCAAUGCUGUUCUUUAUCUACGCCAUCAUUGGAAUGCAGGUGUUUGGCAACAUUGAGCUGAAUGAGGAUACCGCUAUAAAUCACCACAACAACUUCCGCACAUUCCUUCAGGCUCUCAUGCUACUGUUCAGGAGUGCAACUGGAGAGGCUUGGCAUGAGAUCAUGUUAUCGUGCUUGAGUCACCGUACAUGUGAUGAGCGAUCAGGGACCGACGGGAAAGAGUGUGGCAGCGAUUUUGCCUACUUCUACUUUGUCUCUUUCAUUUUUCUCUGCUCCUUCCUGAUGCUGAACCUGUUUGUGGCUGUCAUAAUGGAUAACUUUGAGUAUCUGACCAGAGACUCGUCCAUCCUGGGGCCUCAUCAUCUCGAUGAGUUUAUCCGGGUUUGGGCUGAGUACGACCCAGCUGCGUGUGGCCGUAUCAAGUACCUCGAUAUGUAUCAGAUGCUGCUCCACAUGUCCCCACCCUUAGGUUUGGGAAAGAAAUGUCCACCAAGAGUCGCCUACAAGCGCCUCGUCAAAAUGAAUAUGCCUAUUGCUGAUGACAACACAGUUCACUUUACCUCCACUCUGAUGGCCCUGAUUCGCACAGCACUGGAGAUCAAGUUGGCGUCAGGAAUCGUAGCCCAGCGAUUAUGUGAUGCAGAGUUAAAAAAGGAAUUGUCCACAGUGUGGCCCAACCUUUCCCAAAAGACCAUGGACCUGUUGGUGACGCCACAUAAACCCAAUGAGCUCACAGUAGGGAAGGUUUAUGCAGCCUUGAUGAUCUUUGACUACUAUAAGCAGAAUCGAGCUAGGAGACUACAGCAGCAACAGAGUGCUUCGGGCUCCCAGUGCAAGGUCGGGGCUCUAUUUAAGCCAUUGCUGCCUCUGACUCACAUACAGGAGAAAGACCUCCCUAAGAUGUUAAACAGUGUGGAGCCUCCCAGCAUGCUUAGGUACCAGCCUAAAUCCCAUGCCAAGUCUCAGCCACAGACAAGACCUAGCUCCAACUCACUCAACAACGGAGGCACUCUGCCAAGUCAAGAUCACACCAUCAAGCCGUCAUCUUCCUGGGUGACUGAUAAACCCAAAGAAGUGCCAUGGGCUAAGAAUAAGAGAACGAUGUCCCGGGGUCCAUCUGAGGACACUCCAGACACUGCCAUCAAUCAGGAGUCGGUAGAGAUGAAGAAGAUGGAGACCAGUGUGAGCAGUAGAAUUCCAUUCACUGGCCCUGGUCUGGAAAACCAAGGCCGAGCUGCUUCGAUGCCUAGACUCAAUACUGAGCUGCAGUGGAGCCAUUCACGCCACUCUCCAGGGAUUCAUCUAGCUUCUGUCCCUGAUGCCAGCCCUAUGAAGCGCUCAGCCUCAACUGUGACCCCACAGCGGCCCCAAGAGGUCAACUUAAGGGACUACACCCUGGAAAAACCAAGCCAGGAGAGACCCCACCACCAUCACCAUCACCGUCGCUGCCACCACCGUAGAGACCGAGACAGAGAUAGAGACAGAGACAGAGAGAACAGACAGAGGUCUUUAGAUGCACCUUUGGCAGGUCAACCUCCCGGUUCUGCUGGUGCAGUGGGUGAGCCAGCAUCGGAAACAACAGCCUCCAGAGAGCGAGCCCACGACCGUGGACGCUCCCAUGAAAGGAAACACCAUCAUUCCUCUGCAGACAAACAGCGCUACUACUCUUGUGACCGCUACUGCAGCCGGGGACAGUGCCACUCGAAAUCUUCCACCGCCAGCUGUGCCGCCUCUCCAAGUGAAGGGCUGGAAACCAGCAACAAGCAGGGCAGUGGUUGGGUUAAAAGCAGCCCAGUGGCACUGAGCUCCAAUACUAGCACGCCAAGCCGUGGACGUCGGCAGCUCCCCAAGAUCCCCCACAUCCCGCGACCUGGGGUAGCUUACAAGACUGCCAAUUCCUCCCCUGUGCAUUUUGUGUCCAGCCAGACCUCUCUGAGUCCUGGCCGGCUAAGCCGUGGCCUCUCAGAGCACAAUGCCCUCCGUCACAGCGGCUCUCACCACUUCCCCUGCCCCGUCACUCGUAUCAGCUCAGAGCCCUUCCUGAGCCAGGGCCAGGGCAAGGCCCUGGGUAGCCUCUAUGGCAGCCUCCGGGACCAGCUGGAAGUCUUCCAGGAUAUGGCAGCGCUGUCUCCCAGCCCCUGUGCUGGACACUCCUCUUGGAACGUACUGCCUCGCAUGAUGGGAGCCUUGUCUCCUGCUCAACAACAGAACCUUGGUAUGCCCAAUGGGCACCACAUCAGCUUUGGGAGUAGCACCAGCCCAGGUUCUGGCGUCAGGGCACCCAGGUGUUACCAGGAGGCAGUGAAGGAUGAAUGGUGCUAGCAUGGCUUUAAACAAACCUUUUUAAUGCAUUUUUGAGGAAUUGUGAUGAGUUUUAUCAUCUUCUUUGAAGGCUUUAGUUUACAUCAUCACUGUGUGUGUUUAAUGCUUUAUUGUAAUCCUAACUUGGAGAUCUUAAGUUAUUGAGAACAUCUGGGGAGACUGCUUUAAGGGGGUAAUAUUUGAAUGUGAAUAGAAAAGUAUCCUCUUUAUCAAAGCGCUUGUAGCAGAAAAGCAGACUUUUUGUCAAUAUCAGAUGUCUUACAGUGUCUGUUCUUGGUUUGCUAUUGACACCACCAUACUGAUCCUCAAGCAACUUUCCAUAUAAUAUAUAUAAUAAUAUAUACUGAGGUAAUAACUCAGUGUACACGUAAAUGGUAAAUGACCUGGUUAUUCUCAUAUAGCGCUUUUAUAGUAUGAACUACCUUUCAGUUUAUGCUUCGUGUUCAAGCAAAUGCACAUUUGCACAUGCACGCUCACAGCCACAUGCCAAGAUUGCCAUGCAAUUAGCAUAGAAGCUCCUCUCGAUGAGUGAAGAUAAGCUAAACCACGGGGCGGUACAAAUAUGUUUGUAAUAGAGAUGGCACGAUACCACUUUUUUAUGUCCGAUACCGAUACCGAUAUCAUAAAUUUGAAUAUCUGCCGAUACCGAUAUGAAUCCGAUAUAGUGUGUUUUUUAAUCAAU